GUGAGGUGCCUGGCCUAGGCAGCUUACUUACUUUUGCUUUGCUUUUUGUUCCCUUGUCAGAUGAUUAUUUCUAUUCUUAUCUUUUCACCAUUCUUUUUACCACAAACGAGACGCUACUUGUUGCCAAGCCUCCUGUAGAACUCAGCACAGCUUACUUGUUUCUGCGCCACUGACAGUCAUGCGUGAGUGCAUUUCGAUCCACGUUGGGCAAGCUGGAGUCCAAAUGGGCAAUGCCUGCUGGGAGCUUUAUUGCCUGGAACAUGGAAUCCAACCUGAUGGGCACAUGCCAAGUGACAAGACCAUUGGCACAGGGGACAACUCCUACGACACUUUCUUUUCAGAGACAGGAGCUGGAAAGCUUAACCCCAGGGCCAUCUUUGUGGACUUGGAACCAACUGUGAUCGAUGAGGUGCGCACAGGAACCUACCGCCAUCUCUUCCAUCCAGAGCAGCUCAUUACAGGAAAGGAGGAUGCUGCCAACAACUAUGCCCGUGGGCACUACACCAUUGGCAAAGAGAUUGUCGAGCUGGUGUUGGACCGCAUUCGAAAGCUGGCUGAUCAGUGCACUGGAAUGCAGGGUUUCUUGAUCUUCCACAGCUUUGGUGGUGGCACUGGUUCUGGCUUUGCCUCCCUACUUAUGGAGAGACUGUCUGUUGACUAUGGAAAGAAAACCAAGCUGGAGUUUGCCAUCUAUCCUGCACCUCAGGUUUCAACAGCUGUGGUAGAGCCCUACAAUACGGUCCUGACAACACACACCACCCUGGAGCACUCGGACUGUGCCUUCAUGGUGGACAACGAGGCCAUUUAUGAUAUCUGCAGGAGAAACCUAGACAUCGAGAGACCUACCUACACCAACCUCAAUCGCCUCAUUGGCCAGAUUGUGUCGUCCAUCACUGCCUCUCUCCGCUUUGAUGGUGCCCUCAACGUGGAUCUCACUGAGUUUCAAACAAAUUUGGUUCCAUACCCACGCAUCCACUUCCCUCUGGUUGCUUACUCGCCGGUCAUAUCAGCAGAGAAAGCCUAUCAUGAGCAGCUCUCCGUGGCUGAGAUUACAUGUUCCUGCUUUGAACCAGCCAACCAGAUGGUGAAGUGUGAUCCACGCCACGGGAAAUACAUGGCCUGCUGUAUGCUUUACCGGGGUGAUGUGGUGCCUAAGGAUGUGAAUGCUGCUAUUGCUACCAUCAAGACUAAGAGAACCAUCCAGUUUGUGGAUUGGUGUCCUACUGGCUUUAAGGUGGGUGUCAAUCACCAGCCUCCAACUGUGGUACCCGGUGGAGACUUGGCCAAGGUACAGCGUGCUGUCUGCAUGUUAAGUAACACCACUGCCAUUGCUGAGGCUUGGGCCCGUUUGGAUCACAAGUUUGAUCUGAUGUAUGCCAAGCGUGCCUUUGUACAUUGGUACGUGGGAGAAGGCAUGGAGGAGGGUGAGUUCUCAGAGGCCAGGGAGGACUUGGCAGCUCUGGAAAAGGAUUAUGAAGAAGUAGGCAUCGAUUCAAUGGAGGGCGAGUUUGAGGAGGAGGAGGAAUAUUAGCAUGGCCAUCUUAGUACCAUUGUCUCACUCUGAUUAAUGCAGUAAAAUUGUGUGUUGUGUGGCUUUUGAACUUCAGUCUGUUCUAGUGAAGCCGGACUCAAAGCUU